AUGUCACAAACUGAAACCACACCAGCCCAAGAGCUCGGCUUCUCCUUCAAGCAAGGCGUCAACUGGUCCGAAUACCUGGACUACCGCCCCGUCUACCCACCCUCAUUCUUCGAACGGAUCUACAGCUACCACGCCGCAAAGUCAUCCUCAUCCUGGUCCGUGGCACACGAUAUCGGCGCCGGCUGCGGCGUCGUCUCCUCCAGCCUCGCAGCCCGCUUCCCCAACGUGAUCGUCUCCGACCCAAACGACGGGUAUGUCAGUCUCGCGCGCAGACUACUAGUCGAAGAAUCCGCAGCAGCCACAGGAACAACCUUCCAAUUCCUGCAGGAAGGAGGCGAGAAGAGCAGCGUGCCCUCUGGGAGCGUUGACGUGAUAACCGCCUGCGAGUGUAUCCAAUGGAUGGACACGGCGGUAGCGAUCGCCGAGAUGGGGAGGGAAUUGAAGACCGGUGGGACCCUGGUUCUUACGCAUUAUACCGUUCCCCGGAUUGUCGGCAAUGAGCGGGCUCAGCGGGCGUGGAAGAGCAUCUGGGGGGUGUAUUCGAAGCGCGCGGACGGGCCGUUGCUAGACCAUGCGAUUCCCAUUAUCAAUGCCGCGCUGGAGUCGUUGGAGUUUCUGCCGAGUCAGUGGGAGGAUGUGAAGAGGGUGCAUAUCAAUGCGCAGGGGAGCUUUGAUAGCUAUCGGAUAGACGAGCGGCUUGCGGAGAGUCGGUCGGCGGCUUGGGAGGAGCAGGUGUGGAUUGAGGGCGACGAGGACUGGGCGGAUGAGCAGGGGAUUCAGUGGCUCAAGGGGUAUCUUGCGACAUGGGUGCCGGUUGUCCCUGAGUCGGACAUUCAGGAUCUCUGGGACGAGCUGGAGGCUGCAUUGGGGGGACAGAAGGCGCGGAUUGAGUCGCCGUUGACGAUGGUGUUUGCAACAAAGAGGGCGUAG